ACCUAAUCAACACCAACUCAAUAAACUUAUAUAUUCAUUCCGAUAAAGUAAACGUAGAAGAAAACAUUUUAUCAUCUAAUAUGAAAUUGUGCUCUCAAUUGAAGCAAUGGAAGUAACAGCUGCUCCAGUGCCUUAUGUCCAAGAAAUUGCAAAGGAGGCAUUGACCAUAGUGCCUGAGCGUUAUGUUCGACCAGUUCAUGAACGUCCUAUAUUAUCUAACUCUACACCUUUACCUGAAAUUCCUGUCAUUGACUUGAGCAAAUUGUUGUCUCAAGACCACAAGGAGCAUGAACUCGACAGGCUUCACUAUGCAUGCAAAGAAUGGGGUUUCUUUCAGCUAAUUAAUCACGGAGUGGACUCUUCAUUGGUGGAAAAAGUGAAGAGAGGUGCUCAAGGAUUAUUCGAUCUUCCAAUGGAAGAGAAGAAAAAGUUUGGGCAGAGAGAAGGAGAAGCUGAGGGAUAUGGUCAACUCUUCGUGGUUUCAGAGGAACAGAAGUUAGAGUGGGCAGAUUUGUUUUUCAUGUUCACUUUGCCACCAAACAAGAGGAAACCCCACUUAUUCCCCAACCUUCCCCUGCCAUUCAGGGGUGAUUUAGACGCCUAUUGUGAAGAAUUAAGAAAACUUGCAAUCCAGAUCCUUGACCAGAUGGCCAAUUCUCUUGCAAUAGACCCAAUGGAAAUAAGAGAGUUAUUUGGUGAAGCAGAACAAUCAAUGAGGAUGAAUUAUUAUCCACCAUGUCCCCAACCAGAGCUUGUGAUGGGACUCAAUCCUCAUUCUGAUGGUGGAGGCCUCACCAUCCUUCUCCAAGCCAAUGAAGUGGAAGGUCUUCAAAUAAGAAAAGAUGGACUGUGGAUUCCAGUUAAACCCCUUCCCAAUGCUUUCAUCAUAAACCUUGGUGACAUGUUGGAGGUGAUGAGUAAUGGAAUCUACCAAAGCAUAGAGCACAGGGCAACAGUUAACUCAGAGAAAGAGAGACUUUCCAUAGCCACAUUUUAUAGCACUGCUAUAGAUGCAAUUAUAUGUCCAGCACCAAGCCUUGUAACUCCAAAAACACCAGCAAUGUUCAAACCAAUCAGCGCGGGAGAUUACUUCAAAGGAUACCUUGCACAAGAACUUCGCGGGAAAUCUUUCCUUGACACCAUAAGAAUUCAUGCUGAAAAUGAGAAUAGCUCUUAGAACUUCAAAAAUGGAUGGAAAACAUUAAAUUUUAAUGUACGACACAGGCUUCUGUAUUUGGCAAUGCAUUUACUUUUGCAGUGAAGCAUGUCAUUCCAACAGCUAUUGUAUGAGUAAAUUGAGGCCAUGUCCAAAAAUGAGAGGCUUUUAAACAAAGUUAAUAAAUCAUUAAUAAAGAUAAUUAUUAUAAAAAUUAUUAAGAUGGAAUGUGGAUUCCGGUUCAA